AUGGACAACGCCAUGUCGACCGAGAACGAGCAUGCGCCCUGGCUGCCUAUCCCGUCACGUGCCGUCUCCGUUGUCGAGCAUCCCGCCAUCAUCAAAAACGUUGACAAGGGCAUUACCUCAUUAGGUGGGCCUGUCAAACUAAGCAAGGGCCUGCGAUCACGAUUGGAAACCACGACCAACGCCGAGGGUGACGACGAGCUCAAGAAACUCAUCUCUGUCUCGCUGCGCCCAGACGACCCCUUUGCCAAGCGUUUGCUGUCCACGCCUGUGAGGACGAACAACCUUCUCAUCAAGGUCACGGUGCCAAAACGGACAGGACGCAAACGAAAGCGUGGAACCACAGGGCCAUUCCUUACUGAAGAUGAAAUCACUUUGACCAACAAGACGUAUGUGGAUGCACCAACUAUCUACAGGAGCCUGCAAGACAAUGCCUCGAUGUACAAGGUUGCUCUGGCCGGAGUCGUAGAUGAAACUCAUCGGUUCCGAAACGAACAGUUGUUGAAGUAUAAUGUCAACACCGCGGCCGGUGCAGAUCUGGCCAAAAGCGUUGGGCCAUCGCCAGAGUUCAUACAGAUGCCAAUCGCCUUCAACUAUCGGUUCCAGCAAAACUCAAACGUCAAAUACACCGAUCAAGGUGUUGUCAAUAUACAAAGAAGCCUCGCCUACAACGCAUACACAAUUGUCAAACCCACAGACGAACAUGUACCGACAGGACCCCGACCCGGUCUUCCAACAGAGAGAGAUCUCUCACCCUAUAUGCAGUCACUGAUUGCAAACAUUAGAACUCUGCUCUUACAGAGACCCAUAGUAACCCGGCAGUUACUUUACAACAGACUGGGAUGGGACAAGAGAACCAAGCUUCGGCAAGCAGCCAUCUAUUGCGGAUUCUUCUUCGAAAGCGGGCCCUGGCGAGAGGCUCUUGUCCGUUGGGGAGUCGAUCCUCGCAAAGACCCUGAAUAUCGCAAGUAUCAGACUGUGUCUUUCCUGUCUUACAUCAAGUCAGGCACAUCAAAGCACCGCGCGGUCUUCGAUCAGCAUGUCUUGAAGCUAGCAAAGAUGUCGCCGGAAGAGUUGGAGACUGAGCACACAUUUGAUGGUGUCAAUGUUUCGCGAACAGGCAACCUCUUCCAGUUCUGCGAUAUUACCGAUCCUCUCAUUGCGAAGGUUUUGGCUACAAAGGACAUUCGAUCAACUUGUGCACCCACCUUCCAAGGGUGGUAUCACGUUGGCACUUGGGCCAAAGCAACGGUCAUUCUGAAGGACAAGAUGAACGCAAUUAUUGGCGGCGACAAACCGGAUGAUAGCAUAUAUCAGCGUAUCGUCGAAUGGCCUGAGCUGUGGGACGAUAAGGAAAUGGCAGCGCAGUACAAGAGUGAAGUCGACGACCGUCACACACACCACGAGAAGAGGAGGGAACACCAAGUGAUGCACAACGUGCGUUGGGCUGCAAGGAAUCCGCGCUACGCCUUCGAGAAAAUGGAGGAGACUGAUGAGCCAGAAAACCACGCUGACGGAGACGAGGCGCCAGACGACGUCGAGGUUCCGGAGGACAUGACCGAAGAUCCUGUACAGCCAGAUACUCUUCUGAACGCUGACAUCGGGGAUGCGGAGGACGACGAGGAUGAUCAAGAUGGCGAGGUGGAUGAAGACGAAGACGAAGAGAUACAGGCCGGUGGCAGGAACGAUGAUCUGUCUGGCAGCUCAGAGCUGGAUGACGACAGCGACAGCCCAGUCAUGUCCGUCCGAGCAGCAUCAGAGGGACCAGUCCCGUUUGGCGGUUAUUACAGGGUAUAA